AUGAUGGCGGCGGUCGGUGCACCAGAAGUGAUUUCACAGCUGGAAAGCGCUGCCAAAGUUUUAAUGGCACCGCCGUCCAUGGUCAGCACAGAACAGAGGCAACACGCAGAGCACAUAUUCCUCUCCUUCAGGAAAUCCAAAUCACCCUUCGCUAUUUGUAAGCACAUUCUCGAGACCAGUAAGGUGGACUAUGUGUUGUUCCAGGCAGCCACUGCCAUCAUGGAGGCAGUGGUGAGAGAGUGGGUCCUUCUAGAAAAAGCCAGCAUUGAGUCUCUCCGAACAUUCCUCCUCACCUAUGUCUUACAGAGACCCAAUCUUCAGAAGUAUGUUCGCGAGCAGAUUUUGUUGGCAGUCGCCGUCAUAGUGAAGCGAGGCUCUCUCGACAAAUCCAUCAACUGUAAGAGCAUCUUUCACGAAGUUAGCCAACUCAUCAGUAGUGGCAACCCAACAGUGCAAACACUGGCCUGCUCUAUACUAACGGCUCUGCUGAGCGAGUUUUCUAGCUCCAGUAAAACCAGUAACAUUGGCCUCAGUAUGGAGUUCCAUGGCAGCUGCAAGCGCAUAUUUCAGGAGGACGACCUCAGGCAGAUCUUCAUGCUCACGAUGGAGGUUCUGCAGGAGUUCAGCCGCAGGGAGAACCUCAACGCCCAGAUGUCUUCAGUGUUCCAGCGUUACCUAGCGCUGGCCAAUCAAGUGCUCAGCUGGAACUUCCUCCCGCCCAAUUUGGGCAGGCAUUACAUUGCCAUGUUUGAGGCCACACAGAAUGUCAUGCUGAAACCUACUGAGUCCUGGAGAGAAGCACUGCUGGACACCAGAGUCAUGGACCUUUUCUUCACUGUGCACAGGAAAAUCCGCGAGGAUUCCGACAUGGCCCAGGAUUCCUUGCAGUGCCUGGCCCAGCUGGCUUCCAUGCAUGGCCCCAUCUUCCCGGACGAAUCUGCUCAGGUCACUUAUCUGGCCCAUCUCGUGGAGGGGCUUCUCAACAUGAUCAACGGGAUUGAGAUAGAAGACUCGGAGGCAGUGGGCAUCUCGAACAUCAUCAGUAACUUGAUCACUACGUUUCCCAGGAGCAUUCUGACCGCUCUACCCAGCGAGCUCUUCUCCUCUUUCAUCAACUGCCUCACUCUGCUCACCUGCUCCUUCGGCCGGAGCGCCGCCCUGGAGGAGGUGCUGGAUAAAGAUGAUAUGGUUUAUAUGGAAGCCUAUGAUAAGCUACUGGAGUCUUGGCUGACGUUGGUUCAGGAGGAUGAGCAUUUUCCCAGGGGCUGCUUUGUGCAGCCAGCUGUACAGGUCUUCAACUCCUACAUCCAGUGUCACCUCGCCGCUCCAGACGGCACCAGGAAUCUGGCAGCAAACGGUGUGACGUCACACGAGGAGGAAGAGAUUAAUGAGCUACAGGAGGACGACAGAGAGCUGUUCUCAGAUCAGCUGGCCAGCAUCGGAAUGUUGGGGCGCAUCGCAGCGGACCAUUGCAUCCCUUUGCUCACAAGUUUGUUGGAGGACAGGGUAACGCGGCUCCACGGACAACUUCAGCGACACCAGCAGCACCUCAUGGCCUCCCCGGGCUCUGGCUCCGUGGAUCGGAAAGUUCUAGAUGACCUCUACGAAGACAUUCACUGGCUCAUACUUGUCACAGGCUACCUCUUGGCAGAUGACCCUCAGGGCGAGACUCCCUUGAUCCCCUCGGAGGUGAUGGAGUACUCCAUAAAGCACUCCACCGAAGUGGACAUCAACACCACCCUGCAGGUCCUUGGUUCCCCUGGAGAAAAAGCGACCUCUAUCCCAGGGUGCAACAGAACAGACUCAGUUAUCAGGUUGUUAUCGGCGGUUCUGCGGACGUCCGAGGUGGAGUCCAGGGCGACGCGGGCCAGUCUGACAGAGCUGCUGAGUCCACAGAUGGGGAAGGACAUCGUGUGGUUUCUGCGACGCUGGGCCAAAACCUACUUACUAGUCGACGAAAAACUCUACAGUCAGAUCAGUGUCCCUCUCAGCACAGCAUUUGGACCGGACACUGAGGGAGCCCAGUGGAUUGUGGGAUACCUCCUAGAGAAGGUGAUCAAUAAUCUGUCCGUGUGGAGCUCGGAGCCUGAGCUUGCCAACGACACUGUGGAGCUGCUGGUCACACUGGUUGAAAAGAGAGAAAGGGCGAAUAUUGUAGUGCAGUGCGAGAACUGGUGGAAUUUGGCGAAACAGUUUGCAAGCCGUAGCCCUCCCCUGCACCUCCUGUCCAGCUCGGUCCAGCGGACCCUGAUGAAGGCUCUGGUUCUGGGCGGCUUCGCACACAUGGACUCUGACACCAAACAGCAGUACUGGACAGAGGUCCUGCACCCUCUCCAGCAGCGCUUCCUUAACCUCAUCAACCAGGAGAACUUCGCUCAGAUCUGCCAGGAGGAGGCCGUCAAACACGAGAUCGUCGCCACGCUGGAGGCGCUGUGCGGCAUCGCCGAGGCGACGCAGAUCGACAACGUGGCCUCGCUCUUCAGCUUCCUCAUGGACUUCCUGUCCAGCUGCAUCGGCCUGAUGGAGGUGUACCAGAACACGCCGGACACGGUGAACCUCAUCAUCGAGGUCUUUGUGGAGGUGGCCCACAAACAGAUCUGCUAUCUGGGAGAGACAAAGUCGAUGAAGCUGUACGAGGCUUGUCUGACGCUGCUUCAGGUCUACUCAAAGAAUAACCUGGGUCGGAAAAGGGGAGACGUGACGGCCGAGGAGGACCAGUACCAGGACCUCCUGCUCAUCAUGGAGCUUCUCACCAACCUGCUAUCCAAAGAGUUCAUCGAUUUCAGCGACACCGAUGAAGUGUUCCGAGGCCAGGAGCAGAGUUCGGCUUCGGGUCGCACGGUGUCGGCUGCGGAUGUGGUGCUGUUUGGGGUGAACAUCGUGCUACCCCUCAUGUCUCAGGACUUACUCAAGGCGGAGUACUCUGAGCUGGUGGAGACUCUGCUGUCCAGUCAGAGAGAUGCUGUGAUCUACCAGCGUUUGGCCGAUGCCUUUAACAAGCUUACGGCCAGCAGCACACCUCCAACCAUGGACCGCAAGCAGAAACUGGCCUUCCUCAAAAGCCUGGAGGAGUUUGUGGCCAACGUCGGGGGUUUGCUCUGCGUCAAAUAACCACUGCCGCUUCCCUGUCCUCCGCUUACCUCUCCUCCCCUGUUCGCUCGUCUGUUUCAACGAGCCUACACCCCACCCACUCUCAUACACAGACACACACACACACACACACACACACUCACGCACACAUCUCUGCUACUUAAAGAAAGACCCUUCUUUAUGCCAUACCAUGGAAAACUAAAAGAAGAAUCAGAAUUGCUGGAGCGGAGCAGAGCACUGUUGUGAGACAGAGCAUGUCGGAGGCAGUGAGGGUGGUGGUGGUGGUGUGCAAGACAGGACAAGAUGGAGGUGACAGCUCCUCCACCUCUCUUUCGUCUCCAUCCCACUUUUUUUGUCCCCGCUCCUCAACAACACAGCACACGUGAAUCUAGAAGGUCAGGAAAUGGAGAGGUGGCCACCCUGUACACUCAUCUCAGUUCACAAUAAUAAUAUUGUCUACUUCACUCCCAGUAGGUUCUCAAAUGACCGUGCAAAAGACAGGGGAGACAGUUUUACCGUCUGUCUUGGUCUGCCACACCAUCCAUGUACC